AUGCAAGGUAUCGCAAUAAUUAUCCUCUCUGCGUUAUCUUUACACGUCCAAGAGAUACCGAUCAGAUGUCAUGGCUCGGCAGCAACUGUUUUUCAGUAUAUUAGCUUUGAUUUGGAUCCUUUUCAUCGCCUAACAAGCCACAAGAUAUCUUCUUCUGUUGUUGAUUCAAUGGAAGAUUGCGCCAUGAAAUGUGUAAUGCGAUGGAAACGGUGCCUUUCGUUCAACUUGGGAAAUUCAACAACAAAUAAACAGUGCUGUGAGUUGAUCAGCACUGACAAGUACAAUAGUAUAGCCAAUUACAGUCACAGUGACAACUUCCACCAUUUUUUUAAAAAGGUAAGUAUAGAGAGAAAAUUGUGACAUCACUUUCUUAUGGUACCUAAAUUUCUGAUCUCUCAACUGACAAUCUUUCUUGAAGAUCGAAGAGACGGUUAUUUGCAUUGACGAACGAUGGCCGGAAAAGUAUGAGCUACCGUUUUGUUCCUAAGUGCAAACCACAGAAGGUCGCAGAAAAGUAAUAUUUGUUAAUUUUUUCGUUUUUUCUACAAUUCAGAUUGAGCAAUUUCGCUACCAUGGCAACGAGUAGUGGCGACUUCUCCUCUCUACUCGCAGGCUAUGAAUGCAUGUGAAAAGGAAAUAAAUUAGACGGUGUUUGUUUACUUCUUCCUGUAAAUAGUUGUUUACUUCUUAAAAUAAUUCCAUAUAAAGUGGUGCUUAACCAUGGCCAGGUGAUAUGACUUUGCGCAUGCGUAAGUACUGGCCAAACAGUCUUUUCUCAGAGCUAACCCGUGGUUUGUUUUAAUCACGUAAUCUCCAGUAAACAAGAAAACCGGGAGACUAUGGUGUUUCUUUUGCUGUUUUCAAGAUGCUAGCUUUAAAGACCUCGAUCAUUUGACCAAGACUGAUACACUAACUGUUUGUCAUUUACAUGAGCAAAAUGUUCUUUCACGGUUUGGCCAAAUGAUAAAUGCCUUGUUUGGAAAGUAGCAUUUACCAUUUGAAAAAAAAAAGAAAAAAAUAUAUAACCGAAAAGCUGCUAAAUUCUAAAAUCGGCUAGGUCGGUAUCAGGCGUAGAUUAGAACACUACCUUUCUGAAAUUUCUCCACUAUGACACAUAUCGGAAAAAAAAUUGACACACUAACUACUAACUUGUCAUGGUAACUAACUUAUUCAUGUUUAAAAUUUCCAUUGUCUAUAGAAUAAGUGUGGAAGUAACAAGACAUUGUGUAAAAAUGGAGGAACUUGUUAUCCAAUCUAUGAGAACAAUGAUUACCGGUGUGUGUGUUCAGCAGAUUACACUGGGCGACACUGUGAAGGUAAGCAGUUAAUUUCGAUUUCUCGAAUUUUCCAUUUUAACAAAUGACCGUACUAGCAGUUCUCCCGGGAAUAUCUCCUUAGAUUUGCUAUAUAUAUGGAUGUACUGAUGAGUCUUUGGGGCUCUGGACUUGUUUCAAACUAUACUAGAGAAAAAAAUUUGCGACCCUAUUCAGACAAUAGUUGGAAAAAAAAAUAGAUCCUUUUUCAGGCAAUAAGCGAAAAAAUAUCAUGAAAUAUGUACACAUUGUCAUUAUUGUCAUUAUCAGUAUUUACCUUGGAAUGCACUUAAGCUUGAUUGAGAAUCAUCAUCAGAAUAAUCAGGGAUUAUGGGGGGAAAUAGACCCUGUUCCACAGUCAAACUGAUAAGUGAAAAAUAUCCCUCUUCCAAAUAUAACGAGUGGUUAAUUUUUUUACCCUGUUCUAGAGUCAGAGAGGCAAAAAGCAAACCCUAAGCAGCACAUACCUGCCUGGCCAAUAUACGGGAGCAACUACCCGUCGUCCUCCCGGGAAUAGGGACCUAAGAUCUGACGACGGCGACGGCAACGGGAACGUCACAAAAGCAAUAGGUUUAAUUAGCAAAACAACAAUUUUGCACGUGCAUCUCUCUUCUUUGUACAUUUCUUUGUCGUCACUGCACGACUACGACGUGAAAAUGCCUUAUUUCACGUUUUAUGGAGGACGUAAACAAGCUACUAUGAAAUUUUCUUUCUCAUUCUGUACUUGGAUAUGUUUUUUAGGAAUUCAACUCCAGGAGAGUUCGCCUACAUUUGACAAAGUAGGUGAGUUGGAACUGUCGCGAUGAAGACUGGAUGAACGCGAAUUCACUUUUUAAGCGAUGUUUUCGCUGCCGUCGCCGUCGUCGGAUCUUAAGGUCCCUAAUAGUUCCACCCAGGCGAAGGUGGCUGCUUAGCUUGUCAAAAUGUCACAGUUAUUAAGGACAAUAAAAGAAUGCAUUACUAUAGCAGUACGACUACAGACGAACCUUGUUACACACUACCUUGUGCGAUAUCAGUCUCUCACUGAACUCAGUAGUUAGAACAUAUCCAGCUGUUUGAUACCCGGCAGAAAGGUUGUAGGGCUGGAAAAAAUGCUUAGCGUCCCCCGGCGGGGCACUUCCUAUAAUAGCCUAUUCGGCGAGACUCCGCCUUAACCCUUUAACCUGCAAUGCACAUGUAAAAAUUCUCCAAACUGAUCUCUAUACAUUUCCUUAAAGAAUGAGUAGAGAGAAUUUGAUAAAAGAUCAAAGCAUUUUCUCUUAGGUGAUCAUUUUAUUAAUUCUCAUAACCUGAUCUCUUGACAUUGUAUGAAUAUAGUUAGAAGAAAAUUGAUGUUGGUCACUAUUGGGACUUAAAGGGUUAAAGGGGGCACCUUAAGGGUUCAGGUAUCCAUUUCACAUCUCUCCGAUCUUUGCACCCACCAAACAAUCCGAAAGCCUGGAACAAGCUAGAACUAGAAGGGUCAUAAGACACAUUUUAAUUAUGGCUGUGAAAAAGACAAGAAAACUUCCAGGUUCACUGAUUUAAUCAUAUUAGAAAGACGAUACUUUUACAGCAGUUAAAAGGGAUGCAGUGCUUUGAACUGGGUGUGUGAAAGGUAUACUAUUUGUCAUGGUCAAAUAGAAAGAAUUCGAAAGGGGUGCCUUUUCUGCCAGAAAUGGUAUAUGGUAUAUUUCCUCUCUGCCUUUAACUUUAAAAGGCAUUUCUUUAUUUCUUUGGGAUAAACGUUUGUCUAUUUCUUUUCACCGCUGUUGAUAAGAAUAUUUCCCGGAGUUUCCAGGGGAAUUCGUCUGUUGAUCUACAUCAAUGGUCCGGCUUUAUGCAGGCAGAAGCACUUUUAUACCUAGCGGUGUAUUUUUUUCUUUUUUCAGAACUUUUUUCUGGAAAGUCAUGUCUUGAGUGGUUAAAACGUGGCUACACAAGUAGCGGAGUAUAUAACGUUCCCUCAAGGAAAGGGAUUGAUGAUCCGCGUGUUUACUGUGAUAUGAUUACCGACGGAGGUGGCUGGAUGGUGAUACUAAGACGUGUGAAUAAUGACUCUCUGAACUUUGAUCGGACCUGGAAUAAAUACAUAUUUACCUUUGGCGAUUUACUUCGGAGUUACUGGCAUGGCUUAGGUAACCUUAGACGGUUUACUGAUCAUGGCAGGUUCUCUCGUCAAGAACUCAGAGUCGACUUGGAGGACUGGGACGGAAACACUGCCUUCGCAAAAUAUUCUACUUUCCGAGUGGCGCCAGAGGAAGACUUUUUCAGAUUGACUGUUGAUGGGUAUUCUGGAACGGCCGGUGAUGGAUUGUCGUCCUCCAAUGGAAUGGCAUUCACCUCAAAAGAUUCAGACAAUGAUAUGAAUGUUGACAACAACUGCGCUGUACAAGCAUGGGGCGGCUGGUGGUUCAAAAAUUGCUUCCAGGCUUUUUGUACUGGCCAGUUUUCAAAUCUUGUUUGGGCUCCUUGGAAAGGAUUCAACUACGCUCUGAAGAAAUGUGAAAUGAAAAUAAGGCCGAUUACUUGA